CAAGGAGAGCCUGGGAAAAGGGGGUUUGAGCAGAGAGAGAGGGCAAGGGAGGAAGGGAUAGGAUGGGAUGGAGAUCUACCUGGGAGGGCUGUUUGGCGAUGGGUUGCCAAUAGUGGCAGAAGGGUGGUGAGAGAAAGGGACAAUGAGAUUGUUACUUAG